AUGAUCGAGUCGCAGCUUAGGCCACUGUUCAACCAGUGCGGCACCGUGAUCGACGUCCAGAUUCUGCGGGAGCGCGCUACCGGCCAAUCGCGCGGCUGUGCGUUCGUCGGCUACGAGACUUCACAGGAAGCGGAGGCCGCGAUCGAGCAGCUCAACCACCGGGUGCACCUGCCCGGCGCAGCCACGCCGCUCGAGGUCCGUUUCGCGCGCAGCCGCCUGUUCAUCCCGGCUGGGUCGGGGCCGUCCGACAACAGGCAGCUCUUCUUCUCGCGCGCGCCACUCAGCGUGGCUGAGAGCGAGCUUGAGGCGCUGUUUGCUAGGUUUGGCACGGUAGACACCAUCAGCCUCUUCAGGGAGCACGACACGCGCGCUAGCAAGGGCUGCGGCCUGGUGAUGAUGGCGUCACGCGAGGAGGCGGUCGCAGCAAUGGACAGCCUCGACGAGCGGCACACCAUGGAUGGCGCCGCGGCGCCGCUGUCCGUCAAGUGGGCGGACACUGACUUGCGGGCGCGGCGCAACACGACUAAGGCGGGCGCGGACGCUGUCGGCCCGCCAGGGGACCAGUUGGACGACCGCUCGGUGGGCCAAGCGCCGAUUGGGGGGGCCACGUCAUAUGAGACGCGGCGGUGCUGA